CAGUGACUUCUCACUUUUUGAGCAUAUUGCUUUUAAUUAUUAAUUUUUGUAAAUAUUGGUCAACAUUUUUCUGAUUGAGCCUUAACAUUUGUUGUUUCUUGUUUUUAUUUUAGUUACUGUAACAUCACUGCAUUAAAGGACACCUUUAUUUUGGGUGAAUUUAGAUACAGGUGUACACAUUUUAGGAGCAGAUAACACAGAAAUUGUAGCAACAAAAUUAAAGUGGUCUGGUCCUUUGGUUUCCAAAUUAUGCUUUGUUGCUCCAAAAAUAAAUAAAUAAAGGUGUGGACUCAGAUUUUCAUUCAUUAAAAGAAGAUGAUCAUCACAAAGCUCUUGCUAAUAGAUCUCUAAAAGUCUUGGAUCAUAGUGAAAAAAAUCCUGUUUUAUAGGUUUACUUUUAUGAAUAAAACCUUUUUUGUGCAAAAAUCUGUUUUUUUUAUUCAUUUUUUAUACAAAGCAUCCUAACAGCUGCAUACAUUGCUUAGUAAAUAAUUCCACCUCAACCAAACUUUUUGAAAGCCAGAACAAACAGUAAAACACGGUCAUCCUUAUUGUUCAUUUAUAUUUUUCCUGAGUUUAGAAACAGUCUUAUGGCAUACGACAUGUUUAAGCAAUGCACAAUGCCUGAAAGAGUUUAACAAGUAGUAAGAGUGAAAGGAGACAAUUGUGGAUGUGUAAUGAUCACGAGGAUGCCACACUGUCACUAUUAAAAGCAAAGGAACCCUAAAAGUAGUUUCAGACAGAGAAGUGGGAACGAAAAGAUUCUGAUGACCAAAGAUCUGAGCCUGCUUUAAAUAAACUCUUCUCCAUCAUCAUCUUUCUCUGGACUCUUUCAUCACUCCUCCCAUCUCCAGCCAGACCAUUCCAGUCUCCACUGCAACAGCCAUCGAUAUAAAACCUCCCUCACUGUGGGGGUUGGAGUAAUCGUCCCGGGUUUGAAUCUUUUUCUUCCCAUGCUGUGGUGGAUGUAGACGCUGGAGGAUCUCGUGUCAGCGGAGAUGUUGGCAGGUGCAUUACUUCUGGGCACCAUCCUUACAGUUUUUCCAGGAACACAGUGCAGGUGGAGUGUGUCAUUCUCAAGGAGGGAAAUCUGUGUGUGGGCAGGAACUACAGUCACUCUACCCUGCCGCUAUGACCACCCCUCAGGUCACACAGUGAAGCGUGUCAUGUGGUUCUGUGUGUCAGCCCAGGGUCAGAGGGAAUUCGCCCACCACUCUGACCCUAACUUGAUCAGCCUGUCGUACCGCGGACGAACCCGCUACAUAGGUGGCAGCUACUCCAGUUGUUCGGUCCAGAUUCGGGGUGUGAAGUUGAGCGAUGCUGGACAAUAUCACUUCAGGUUUGAGACUGACAAGCAGUUAGGAAGAUGGACUUCCCCGAACACCAUUACUCUGGAUGUAACAGACCUCCAGGUCUUGGUUCAUCCCCCCAGACCUGGCAACAUGUACGGCUCUGGAGAAACUGUCUUCAUCGGCUGCCAGGCUAGAGGGUGUGCUGCUCCUGGGCGGAGUCUUGCCCUCUACAGGAAUGGGCUGAAUCUCGGCUCCUUUGAGAAGUGGAUGACCAUCAGCCGCUUUGACCAGCAGCACGCUGGAGCUUACAGCUGCAGGCCGAUCCCCCCUCAGAAUGUACAAUCACCAUCUGUCACUCUGACUCUGGGGUAUAAACCUCGCUUCACUGCCAUAGCCGUUCUCCCUGGGGGGGAGGUUUCAGAGGGGGGGUCUGUUUCUCUGGCUUGCAGCAGUGACGCAGCUCCUCCUGUGGAGAGUUUUGCAUGGUUUAAAGACAUGGAAAGCGGCAGCAUCCCAGACAGCUUCAGCCCUCAGCUCCAUCUGUCCUUCCUCAGACACACCGAUAGAGGAGAGUAUUACUGUGUGGCACGCAACUCGCUGGGAACAGAUCGCUCCAAAUCCAUUCUACUCAAUGUUACCUACUCACCAAAGGACACUCAUGUGCUGGUGAGUCCUCGGAGGGACAUCAGAGAAGGUUUUCAUGUAAACAUGAGCUGUGUCAGCUAUUCUCAUCCUCCCCCCAGCAGGUAUGCUUGGUAUCGUAUCCAAGGUGACCAGUUGAUGGCUAAAGGUAAUUUUCAGAACCUGAUCUUUCCGUCUGUGCGCGCUCACCACGCCGGUCAGUACUACUGCGUGGCAUCAAAUCGAUUAGGAUCCCAGACCUCCCCUGUCGCAACUCUCACUGUUCUCUAUCCUCCCAAAAACACCUCCAUUUUGGCCCGCCCCUCCCCUGUGGUGGACGCAGGUCGGCCUCUGACGCUGACCUGCAGCAGCCAGGCCUACCCGGCAGUGGAGAACUUCACCUGGCACCGCCUCACUCCGGAUGGAGGCUCAGCCCAAUCGUGGGGCACAAAAUCAGGUCCUGUCUUCACCUUCUCAGAGGUUGGCCCUGGUGAAAGCGGUCAGUAUUACUGUGAAGCCAGGAAUCGAAUUGGAGCGAACAGCUCUCCGGUGCUCACCGUCAGAGUCAGAGGUCGUCUGAAAGUAAUCGCCUUGGCGUCCGCGGUGGGCGUGUCUGCAGGACUCAUCACUCUGACAGUGGCCAUCAUGAUCAGUAAGAACAUGCACAGAGUGGACACUGAGACAGCAGAAGAUCCAAGCAAGCGUUUACCAGUGACAGCCGACAGCAGCAUGUUCCAUGAGUCAGCCGAGCAAACGUUUCCAGUUAGAAAGGGCAAGAUGUCAGACAUACCAGAGGAACCUGAGGAAUUGAGCGACAGCUCUCAUCCUGCCAUCGUUCCUCUGAUAGAUGCUCCACCAAUCACUGAAGCUGAAGGCCGCAGUUCUGCCUCCAACUGCAUCUCUGUUCAGUACUCCAGGCUGUCGAGUAUGGAUCAAGUGCAGGUGCACAAUCUGCCUUUGACAAAAAAGCCAAAGGAUUCCUCCAGAGUUGCUUAUACUUUACUUCCUGGGCCUCACCGUUGACCAGGAGAUAGCAUCUUUGAGAGUAAACACCUCAUGGAUCCAAUGUCAAACAAACCGGCUCCUUCUGUCUCCACCCUCCUGUGACACAGAAAAACUUUCCUCUAUUCUGAGGAGUGAGAGUCAGAAUGCAGCACAUGGACCUGUAUUGGAAUAAAACUCAUGAAUAAUGUUGCAUGUCUUUCCCUCUUGGGUUUGAUGCAUCCCUCAAGACUGCCUGAUACAAUGACAACCUAAAAAUACUAUUAAUUGACUUUUUUUUCCUUUUCUUUGAACAGGUGUCCUGAAUUUUUUGUAAAUAUAUAUAUUUUUUUCUGUUCCUUCAUCCUACUUGCUUUACCUGGUUGCUAGAUUAAACCCUUUGCAUCGUUGGACUAUAAAAAAUGCUGAAUUUGAAUGAAAUUAAAACUCACUUAACACAACUGCACAAAAAUAUAACCUGCAAGUGGAUCUACCGUAUUUGAAAUGAAAUGCAGCCUGCAUUGUGCUUGUUACAGCGAAUACUCUGCAUUAGUGAUUCAAUGACUGCAGCCCAUUUCAUGAAAACGUGCAUUCCAUAUUAUAGAUUGUUACAAUAAAGAAAUAUGGAAAGAAA